CCUCCAGCCUUGACUGCGGGACUCAACCCGCUCCAGAGCACAGCUGAGCCGAGCCCACCUGUCCAGGUCCCCAUCCCAGCCUUGGCAAUGACCCUGGCGGCUUCCUCCCAGCGCUCCCAAAUCAUUCGCUCCAAGUUCCGAUCUGGCCAGGCUCUUGGACACUCCCUUCCCGCCUUUCUCCUCCCACCUCCCUCCACAGUCCUCCAGCUUCGGAUCCACAGACGCUAUCAGGACACGAGCCUCUCAGGGUCCUUUGCUGCCUCUCCAUUCUCGGAUCCAGAUCCAUGGAUCUCAGCCGCAGACCCGGCUCUGGCUCCGGCCCCAGCCUCACCCUCGAGCCCAGCGCCUUUCCUCUUCAGCCCUGGGGUCCUUCUCCCUGAGCCAAAACACUACCCUUGGCGGUCCCUGAAGAAGGAGUCUCCCAAGAUCUCCCAACAUUGGAGGGAGCCCAAGCCCAAGGAGCACUUGACAUACCACCAGUACAUGUCCCCAGAGCCGAGACAAGGGUCCAGGGCAGACCCCCGGGCUGAGGGGUCGGCCUUGGGUCCCCCCGGACCACCUCCAUGGGAAUGGACGAACUCACAGCAGCCACCUCCUAGGAUGAAGCCCAGUCCCCUCACUCCCUCCCCACCAGGAGUCCCCAGCCCCUCGCCCUCUCCACACAAGCUGGAACUUCAGACUCUCAAACUGGAGGAGCUGACGGUCUCAGAGCUCCGGCAGCAGCUGCGCCUGCGGGGCCUCCCGGUGUCUGGGACCAAGUCGAUGCUCCUGGAGCGCAUGCGCGGCGGCGCCCCGCCCCGCGAGCGGCCGAAGCCGCGGCGCGAGGACGGUCCGGCGGCUGCUCCCUGGCCUCGCUUCAGGCGCAAGGCUUUGGGAGCCGCUGGGAGGCCGGGCUCGUUCAAGCCGAGUCCAACAUCUCAUUCGCUGCCCCCUCCACGUGCCGCGGAAAACCUUGUGACGGCUCUGGCUCCUGCUCCGGCUCCGGCUGCAUCGACGGCUCAGGCUCCAGCUCCAGUGCCGAUCCCUUCCUCAGCACCAGCCUCGACAGCCCUGACACUGGAGGAGGAGCUGCAGGAAGCGAUCCGCAGAGCGCAGUUGCUUCCGAACCGGGGCAUCAGUGACAUCCUGGAGGAUCAGGUGGAGCCUGAGGACAUGCUGCCCCCCAUCCCCCUGGACUUCCCCGGCUCCUUCGACUUGCUGUCCCCCUCCCCGGACUCUGAAGGCCUCUCAUCUGUCUUCUCUUCCUCGCUCCCAUCCCCCACGAACUCCCCGUCCCCCUCUCCCAGGGGCCCCACCGACUCCUUGGAUUGGCUGGAGGCUCUGAGUGGGGGUCCCCCACUGGGCUGUGGCCCCCCAGCCCCCAGCAUUUUCUCUGCUGACUUAUCUGAUUCCAGUGGCACCAGGCUGUGGGACCUGCUGGAGGAUCCAUGGAAAGAAAUGCUCCCAGGAGAAACCAAUGAAGGAAUAGAUGAAACAGGACAGCGAUGGGGAAGAAGACUAGCUAGAAUGUGAUUUCAGGUGAAGUCCCAACACCAGCCUGAUCCCAUGGGGAGCUCUGGAGGAUAAAUUAAGCUGUAGAGUCUUUCCCACCUUGAGGCAAAGGGAACUGGGCCUUUGAGGCAAAGGGAGAUCCCUGUUUGGGUUUAUUAUUGCUGAAUAACAAACCACCCCAAAAUUUAGAGUCUUAAUUACUGUCUGUGAUUUUUCACAAUUCCUUGGAUUGACUGGGCUCAGUGAGGCAGUUCUUCAGCACCAUAACUGGGCUGGAACAUCCAAGAUGGCAUACUCAGGUGCAUCUGGCACCUUGGCAGGGAUGGCUAGUAGGCUUGACCCUACUGGGCUGUGGGAUAUCUGGACUUCUCUCAUUCUCCGUGUAGUCUCAGUGCUCUCCCUCUCCAUGUGGUUUCUUUCUCCAACAGGUAGCUGGACCCCUCACAUGGUAGCUCAGGGCUCCCCAAAGUGGGCAUUCCUAGGGGAGGAAGCAAAAACUUCCACUCUCUUAAAGACUAAGCUUGGAACUGGCACAAUGUCACUUCCACCACAUUUUAUUGGUUAAUGCAAAUCAAGGUAGCCCCGGCUGAAUAUGGGAGAGGACUACACAAAUGUAUGAAUAUCGGGGGCAUGGUCAUUGGGCGCUGUCUUUGGAGACCUGCCACUACACCCCUCUAGGCAGUCAUGGGCCACAGGUCACAAGAAGGGGGCAGGAUAUAAACUCCAGGCACCUCAAGCUCAAGGGCAGUCCUGGGAACAAGGUUGCAGGGUAAGCCCUUAGCAGCAAACUCUUUUAAAAUAUAGGUUUAUUAUCAUUCAGGUAUGGUGAGGCCAAUAGGUCGGGAGACAAUUGCCACUGAAAAGAUAGUUUGUUAUUUUCACAGAUCCCAAAGGAAGGGGGCAUGCCAAGCUAUGCAGGGCACCAGGGUCAGUCAGGAGUUAGAGGGGAAGAGGAGAAACUUGGACAAGAAUCUUUAUUGUGGUUUCCUUGGGAAGGAACAGAUGAGGCAGAGUAAGCUUAGGAUUGUCUUAUUAUUUGAAUAAUUUCAUCAGGCUCUGGGGUGUAAGGGUUGUCCCCAGUUGCCUGGAACUUGGCCCUGGGGUGAUUAGGCAGAUGAAUAGUGGCCUGAAGUAUAGAAUGCCAUAAAGGAAGUGGUUGGGGGUAUGGGCUCUGGGUUGGUUGCUUUGCAUGUGAAAGGCAUACUUACAUGUCAGUCCUUUAUUACCUCUAGGAAUUGGCUAGCCCUGGGAGGCGCAGUCCCUCCAAUGUCAGCAAGGCCCCAGAUGUCAAAGCACCAGAAAUACAGAAAUAAAAAGGCAUGAUUAAUGCAUAAAGCACACAGAAGCCGGGUGUUGGGUGCACAGAACUGGUAAGAGGAAUCUGAGGGGACCUGGGCAGGCUGCCAACAGUGUCCACUACAGGUGGGAAUGUACAGUGGAUUAGUUAUGUGUUACAGGACCUAGAACCGGUGACUUCCCCUGGCUUGCUGUCAUGUCAGUUUCCUUAUUUGUAGCUACAGCCCAGUGUGGCUGAGAGAGUUCACUGAGAAUGUCCCUGAGUUGGACCUGGCAUGUGACAUGUGAUGAUGAUAAACAUUAAUCACCAUUAUUAGCUGCUGAUCGACAAUUCUAGUGCCUCGAAGUGUGUGAACUCUGGUGAACAUUGAAGAUCCAAGAUAAAAAUGGAAGGGAACAAAUGCUCGUUACCAUGAGGCAAAGGGAAUCUUUCAUGUCUUCCAAACCAAUCAGGUAGAAUUUGUCCUCCUUACUUUCCAGAUGAAUUAAUGAAAGAUCAGAGAAGGGGAGCGACCUGCCCAGUGUCACACAGACAGGAGGUGUUGGAGUAGGGUUUUAAAUCAGAUGAAUAUGUCUACAGCCUGUGCCCUCAGGGUUGAAAAAUCAAAGAACCUCAAUCUCUGCUCUAGUGGAGCUCAGACAUUUGCCAAGAGAGUCCCAGUGCAGGGUGAUAGGGAUUUUCAUGGCAAUGGUACAAGGAAUAGGAGGGGCAUGACUCCUAGAAGGUGACCAGAAACUGCAGGGGAAUGGGACAGGGUGGUCAGAGAAAAUAUUUUCGCCAAGACUCAAAGGGUGAGGAGGAGCUGGUCGGAGGAAGCUCUUGGAAGACAGCAUCCUUGUAGAGGGAGAAGAACAUGCAAAGGCUUGAAGGUGUGAAGGGCGCUGCCACCUGGGGAAACUUGUGAGGUCAGGGUUCCUGGAAUAAAAGGUGGGUGUUGGCAGGUCUUCCUCUGUCUCUGUUUCCCUUCUGACACUUCUAUGCCUAUACCCCUAUAUCAGUCUCUUCCCAUCUCUGCCAGCCUCUGUGUCUUCACUCUGUCCCCAUCUCUCCUGUGUCCAGAGGAGGGCGGCCUUGGGCUGAGAGCCUGUGGGCCCUGUGUGCAGUCUCAAAGAGAGUCAGGGCUAGGGGCGGCUGAGGAAUUCUCUGGAAGGUGGAGAUUUGAAAGACAGACCCAGGAUUGCGAGGAGUGUGCAGGUUUGGGCCCAGAGUCUGAGGGACGGGCUUGGGUCCUGCAUUCUCCAUGGCCCGUCCCUCAGCCCUUUUCCGGACAUGUCAGCUACUUCCUCCUGCCCGUGAGGCAAGGACUGGGUCUCCCCCAAGGGGGUGGGGAAAAAUGAGGGCUGGACCUAUGGGGGAGCUGGGGGGAGGAUGAGGUCAGAUGAGGACCCCUCCCCCCACCAUGCUGCCAUCCCACCAUCUCAGUGGAAGCAUGAAAAAUACCAAGAAUAUAUGUGACAAAUUACCAGUUUAUUUUAUAGACAUAUUCCCCAGAAAGAUACAUUCAUAUUCAUUGGGUAGACUGGAGAAGAAUAUAUUUUGCUUUUCUCCUCCUUCUCCCUCCCCCUCCUUCUCUUCUUCUUCCUCUUCUCUCCCCCCCCCGACCCCAUUUCUCCCUCCCUCCCUUCAUAUCUCUCUUUCUCUCUCCCUUCUCCCUUCUGUGUUGCCACAUAGCUAAUUGGCUGCUUCCAAUCACUGACUUCUAUUCUAUUCUGCCUUUUACCUCUACCUUAUUAUUAUUAUUAUUUGGCCUCGCAGUUUGUGGGAUCUUAGUUCCCCAACCAGGGAUUGAACCUGGGCCCUCAGCAAUGAAAGCAUGGAGUCCUAACCACUGGACCGCCAGGGAAUUCCCAUCAUCCACCUUAUUUUUUCUUUCUGCUUCGCCAGUGAUGACCACCCCCCAGCUCCCAACUCCACCAACCACCUGAGCUCCUCGUCGUCAUCAAGCACAGCCUCUUAGCGACCUGUGGGAGAACUUCUCUGGGAAACACACCCAGGAGAGCUUGACACAGAAGCAGGUGCCAUGGUGGUUGAGGGUCAUCUCUGGGGCCAGAUCCACCUGUGUGGACUUAUCUCUCCAUCACUAGCUGCCUGGCCUAGGGCAAGCCAUUUAACCUCUCUGUGCCUCAGUUUCUUCAUUCAUAUAAUGGGAACAAGGGCAAUAGUACUUUGUGUGGGUGGUGUGAGGAAUAAAUGAGUUAACCUGUGUAAGGUGCUUAGAACAAUGCCUGGCGUAUAGUAAGUGCUCAUUAAGUGUCAGUGACUGUCACCGACCCACAGGAUUGAUUUGAUUUCCACUCCUCUGCCAAAUGGCUGUGCCCCCCCCCCACGUGACCACCAUGUGUGCACAAGGGUUGCCCUGCCCUUGGUGUUGUCCAGCUUUCUCAUUUUCAGUCUGUCCACUGUUAACCUCUUCUUUCUCUCAAAUCUUGUUUAUCCCUGAUGGUGGAUAAUGGGGACUCCCAUACCUCAGACAGACUGGUGAUGAAGACCUCAGAGCCAGGGCAGGGGGGGUUAGGUGGCUGAACUGGGAGGAAAAGAGGGAAAUGGGAAUUGUGAACGUUCAUUCUGUAGAAGACAGGCUCUCUCCUUCCCUUGGGCAAACCGCUUCAGUGCCAAACCUUCAUUCAGACUUUGAACCCAGCCCCUCCCUAUCUGGGGACCCUAGACACGUCACUUCUCCUCUCUGACCUCAUAGAUGACCUGGUUCCUAGGUAUUUUCCCAAGAGAAAUGAAAACAUGUUUGCAUAAAGACUUGUACACAAAUGUUGAUAACAGCAUCAUCAUUCAUUAUAGCUCUAAACUGGGGAGAGCCCAAAUGUCCGUCAGAUGGUGAACAGAUAAGCACCCCAUGGGACACCCACACAGUGGAAUACUACUCAGCAGUGAAAAGAUGGUGAAUGGUUGAUACCUGCAAGGAUAUGAAUGAAUCUCAGAAACAUGAUGCUAAGUGAAAGAAGUCAAACACAAAACACUAAACAUGGAAUGAUUCUUUAUGAUUCUAGAAAAGGCAAAACUAAAGUGACCAGGAGGUGUAACCAAGCAGGACCCUAUGGGACC